AUGACAUGCAAGGUUUUAAUAAUAAACACGCCUUCUAGUCGUAUUGCAGAAGGCGCUACUAUUAUAAUCACUUGGGUAUAUACUUCACAAACUAAUGCGAUCUCAGGCAUUUUAAGCUGUAUCGAUAACACAACUCAAAGCACAACCGUAAUUAGCAAUACAAUAAACCUUGCUUCACAAUCUUACUCAUGGACGGUCAAAGUUCCUCCGAGUACUUACUACCUUACUCUCAAUGAUGGAUCUGAUAAGAAGUACACUGGAACUUUCACAGUUUUUAGUCCUCUGGCUCCUUCUGGCACCGCUCUACCACCAUCUGUUGCCACUUCUCCAGCAACAAGUACUCCUAUUCCAGCUCAAACUACCCCUAAUAUUGGAAUAUAUUUCGGUGUUGCCAUAGGUGGAUUUUUGGUUGGAAUCUUAUCAUUUGCUGGAUAUCGUGUAUAUAAAAAAUAUUAUCAAAAUUCAAAUUUUAUUCCAACUCCUG